AUGUAUGGAUGUGGCUGUUUGGCCUCAGAGCUGUCUUUCCUGCUGGAGCCAAGUGAUGUGAUCGCGGUAAGGGAACGCCCGCUUAUGCUGGACUGUCGGGUGCAGGGUGAAGAACCGAUCAUGGUUACAUGGCGUAAAAACGGGGUGCCUUUACCCACCGGCCCGCGGGUUCAGGUGCUGGCGAAUGGCACGCUGGUCAUCCAGAGCUUCCAGAAACGCAAAGAAGGGAGCGACGCGGAUAUGGGCGAGUACGACUGCGCUGCCCAAAACCGCUAUGGCAUGCUGGUCAGCCGCAAGGCCAAAGUCCUUUUGGCAUCUCUUCCUAAGUUCCACACCCACCCACUGUCCAUGACUGUGGAUGAGGGAAGUGUCGCUCGCUUCCAGUGUCAGAUCACCGGAGUACCUGAGGCCAAAAUCACCUGGGAGAAGGACCGAGUACCACUCAACAACACCGACAACAGGUACACUCUCCUGCCAAUGGGGAUUCUCCAGGUGACAGGCGUGAGGCAGGCCGAUGCAGGGGUUUUCCGCUGUGUCGCCGCCAACCCUGCCAACACUCGCUACAGCCAUGAGGCCAUGCUCAACAUCACUGGUGGAGCGCUAAGAACCUACAAGGAGCCGGUCAUCCUGUCAGGACCCCAGAAUCUGACCAUUACUGUCCAUCAGACGGCCAUCCUGGAGUGCAUCGCCACAGGAAACCCAAGGCCAAUUGUUUCCUGGAGCAGGCUAGACGGACGCUCCAUUGGGGUGGAGGGUAUCCAGGUUCUGGGGACGGGGAACCUGAUGAUCUCAGAUGUUUCCCUGCAGCACUCUGGUGUGUAUGUGUGUGCUGCCAAUCGGCCCGGCACCAGAAUGAGACGUACUGCACACGGACGACUCGUGGUACAAGCUCCUCCUGAGUUCCUGCAGUGGCCGCAGUCUGUUUCCAAACCAGCAGGGGGCAGUGCUGUGUUCACCUGUGUGGCCCAGGGCGUCCCCGAGCCUCACCUCAUCUGGCUGAAGAAUGGCAAGGUCCUGAUGCCUGGACACAACGUCAAGCUGACCAAUAACAACAGCACUCUGGCUCUGACCCGUAUCAGCUCUGAGGACGAGGCCAUCUACCAGUGCAUCGCUGAGAACAGUGCUGGCACUAACCAAGCCAGCGCCCGUCUAGCCGUGGCCCAGGCUAAAGACCUGCCCGCGGCCCCCCAGGGCCUCACAGCCAUCGGGCUGUCCACCAUUGCCCUGCAGAUCACAUGGAACCAGCCACCCGCCAACGUCACCGACAGCAUCAUCGGAUACGUCCUGCACAUCCGCAAGAUAGGAGAGCCUGACAGUCUGGAGCUGCAGGAAGCCAUCAGUAAAGAUACCUUCCAGCAUGAUGUGACCAACCUGGAACCAGCCACCACCUACUCCCUCUACCUGAAGGCCUUCUCUCCUCUGGGAGCCAGCCAGCAGUCCUACACGGUGGUGACUACAACACUAGGGGGUGUGCCGACCCCUCCCACCUUCUUCACCAAGGUAAUAAACUCAAGCACCGUGCAGGUCCUCUGGGAGCUCCCCAGUAAGGCCGGCAAGGCUGAGGGCUUCAGGCUGUCCUACCGCAGGGUCCCUCACGCUGACUUCGAGAGGCCAAUCCAGUUGCCCUAUCACAUCAAUGCCCACACCAUCUCUAAACUGGAAUCGGGUGCAGUGUAUGAAGUCAAACUGGUGGCCUACAAUGGAAACGGGGAGAGUGACUUCUCCAAGAGACUGGUGUCGCUGGCAGAGGAAGGCAUGAGUGACCAAACCAGUGGGGACAGUCUGUGUCAGUGCAGGGAUGGAGAGGCCUCUCUUGGCAGCAUCGUAAUUGGCAUCCAUAUUGGCACCGCCUGUAUCAUCUUCUGUGUUCUCUUUCUCAUGUUUGGAUACCGUCGCAAGUAA